CCUAACCAAACUUACAACUUCUCACGAUUUCUUAUCACUCAGGUGUGAGCAAGUGCAGUAUAAAAUCUCAAGAUGAAGUACACACUCACCGCCAUCCUCCCCCUCCUCCUCGCCGCUUCCGUCUCCGGCGCCAGCCUACCCUUAACAAAGCGCAUGACCUGCAGCGCGGGCCUAGACAACCCGUGUCAAGACCUAUGUCAAUGCUCCAGCGGCAACGUCGCUUGCCACUACGACCCCACGUCCCGGUGCGUGCAGAUGUGCACGUGCUAGGCAUAUAAUCAAUUCUACGAGGCCUUGGGAGGCGCCAGUUAAAUUAUACAUGAGUCUUAAAUUAGGUGCUUCAUUCUCUGUUUCGAUGGAACGGGAAAAGGGGUAGGGGAUGGUUUAUUGGCGUGGUGUCAAAAAGGUCC